AUGGCAGGCCAAAAUCAAAAUAUAAAUUUUUCGACCACCGAUGACCCACAAAAAAAUCUACCUCAAAAUACACAAGAUACUCAACUGAAUCCUUCACAAGAUACUCAACUGAAUCCUUCACAAAAUCCUCAAGAUACUCAAUUGUAUCCUUCUCAUAAUGUUUGGGCGAAUCCUCAGUCAACUUAUACUCCAUCGCAUGAGCAAUAUGGGCAAUAUAAUACUCAAUAUCAACAACAAUUAAACGCUUAUGAUAAUAAUCAAUUUUAUCAACCUACUGGGAACAUGAAUUAUAAUAAUGCAUAUGAUCAUAGCUACAACCCAUAUCAAAAUCAAAAUUUCAACACUUAUAAUAGUAAUUCAACAAACCCAUUUGAUGGGGAUGCUUAUGGUAAUACCGGUACUAAUGUGAAUACUUAUGGUAAUACUGGUGGUAACUUGAAUACGUAUAGUGCUUAUAGCACCGGUGCUGGUACGAAUGCUUAUGCUCCAAAUGCUUACAGUAGUGUCGACAAUGGAACAAAUACUUAUAACACUGCAAAUGCUUAUAACACUGGUCCUGGAACGAAUGCUUACAGUAAUACUGGUGGUAAAGAGGAUACGUAUAAUAGUAGUACCAUAACAAACUCUGAACCUAUUGAAAAUAAAGAAGAUAAUAAUGUAUCGGUAAAUCUUGCAUCCGCUGUGAAUCCUGGAAUUGAGACUUCUGAUCCUUCAAAGUUACAACCCACUGAAGAACAAAAGAAACAUAUACCCAGCGGGAAAAGAUUUUUUUUCAGGUUAUUUAUUCUUUUGGCUAGUGCUGGAGCUCUUGGAUUUAUUAUUGGCGCACCAUUGAUUUCAAAACGGGAUCCACUUGGGGAUGCAAAUCAUUAUGCAAUUAUAUUUUUAUAUAUUGUAUCAGGACUUUCUAUAAUAGUUUCUCUCUAUUUUCUUGGAAAUUAUUGUUUCCGCCGUUGGGGUAAAGCUCAGAAAAUGCCAAGACUUUCAUUACAUCUGCUUGAUUUUAUAUUUGCUGCAAGCUUCGGUGUUUUGAUGGUUUUCUUGAUUAAAGAUUAUACAUGCCCUAUUGGUGGCCUUAAUGGAUG